CUUCAACGCGAAAUGCAAAGUUAUACUAUUCAACCGCUGCGACGCCGAAUCGGAGAGUACAUAUAAACAUGAUGCUGCCCCCGAGCUGAGAGUUGAUACCUAGCCAGCGUCUGAAUUGAUAACUGAUCUCAUGUUCUACAAUAUAUAACUAGGUAGUUAUAUAUAAAGCUAAGAUGUCGCUCAUUUCGGACGAGGAAGACUUCCUCUCAGACAACCAAUCCGAUGCAUCAUCCUCUAGCGACGAUGAGGCCUUACCUCCUCCCCCAUUACAGCAGAACUAUUUCGCGCCUCCAUUUUACGGCCGGCCUCCAACACCAUUACCUCCGUCUCCGUCCUUAACAUCGCUACUCCGCCCAUCACGGCCUACCACUCCCGAUGCCUCAGACGACGACCUCGAGCCGGUCCCGCGUGCAUCCCCGAAGGUUCCCACAUACGAGUACUACGGCUUCGUCCUAUACCUCUUCUCAUCUCUGACCUUUCUCAUCUAUCUUCUGUGGGCAUACCUGCCAUCUCCGUUCCUGCAUGCCCUGGGUAUCUACUACUAUCCUAACCGGUGGUGGGCCCUGGCUAUCCCGUCAUUUCUGGUCAUGCUCAUAGUCUACAUCUACGUUGCGCUGGCGGCAUACAAUACAGAGAUACUUACCCUCCCUAUGACCUCGCUAGAGACUAUCGUCGAUGAGGCAGCUAAGAUCGCUACCAUCGACCACAAGGGCAGGAUACGGCCGAACGAACCUAGGAAGCCCAUUACAGAGGAGAGAGCUAAGCAACUCGACUGGAAAAAUAUAUGGAACGAAGGAACGGAUGCCGUCAUGGAUGUGCCGCUUGCUGGCGCAUGCGAGGUCAUAUAUGGCGAUCUGACCGAUUCGGAGAGUGAACUAGAAUUUGAUACCAACUGAUUUUUCACGGCGUAGUGGUUUUGUGCUUUGUGGACAUUAAGCGAAUAAAAGAGAAAAUGUGGCACGGUUCUUCCAUUUGAGGAUAGAAACAAGGCUAUUUAGGCGGCCUUGUCCGUUUAGCCCUUAGCUGCUUCGAGUAGACCGAAUGGCUCUAAAGGAUGGGAGCGAGAGAAGCGAUAGAGGCGAAAUAUAUUCGAAACUAUACCACAUCAGUAAGCUGCAAC